CAGCAGUUUGCAAAGCUUUCACGCCAUCGCAAGGCGGCAACGCAGCACGCGCGAGAUUCAAGGUCCUUCUAGCUUGACCCAUACCUAACGAGUCUGCGUCAAGCCGUCCCUGAUUGGAAGCAUCCGGCGUAAAUUUGUACAUGGACCACAUGGAAGUCGCAACAACGACCUCGUGGGAACAGCAACACGUUCAUCAUGACGUGCAGGACACCCGUUCGGGAUCGUCAUACAGUGUUCGAGACGCGUCGCACGAGCCAACGUCUAGUAAUGGGUAUUAUCAUCAAUAUGUUGCUCAACACCACGAGGAACACCCAUGGCGCAGCAAAAAUGCGUUCGGAUUUGCGACGAUUUUGAAUCGAAGCACCGAGCACGAUGUUGGGACAUCACCCGUGGGAGUGCCUUCGCUGCCUCCGUUGCAAGCGUACCCCAUGGGCGGAUGUCCCUCGACAAUGGAUAAGAAAGGGCAAACGCUGGGCAAUCCGCGACCAACCCCUAUCGCGCCUUUGGGCGACGAUCUUGGCGGGAGGCGAUCAUCGCUCAAGCUCAAGAUCAAGAAGAAGCACGUGGACAUUACGCCGUCGACCGCGUCAUUCCAUCAAACCCCGAUCGCACCUUCAACUCCAUCUGUCGUUGGUCCUGGAAACUCGAGAAAGUUGCCGCUCGCCCCGGCUCCCUCCAUGGUCAAUGCAAGUCAAGUGGUCGACGAUGAUGAUGACGAGAGCGGCGACGACGGCGAAGACACGACGGUAUCGGCUACAAACGGCGCGGCGCUGCGAGGUGGCCGGUGGACGUCCGAAGAGCACGAACGAUUCCUCAGUGGAUUUCGGCUGCACGGGCACAAGUGGAAGCGCGUGCAGAUGGUUGUGCGGAGUCGCACCGUCACACAAGUCCGGACUCACGCACAAAAGUACUUGCUCAAGCUGCAAAAGAUCUCGGGGGAGCCGCGAUCGUCGUCGGACAUCACGUACAUGCAGUCGUUCGGGCAGGGCAUGAACAAUGGCGCAACGUCGCCGACGCAAUCCGUGCAGGGUCAUGGCACCCAUGAUGACGUGGAAGGGCGAGCCACGGGCCAACACCCAUCAACAUCGUCUUCGCCACUGCCUCCGCCCCAUCAAUUGCUGUCGUCUUUAUCCCGCAGCCGCACUCUGGCCGAGUUAGGGCAGCACCAGGACGGGUCCCAGCCAUACCCCGUGUCGCCCGACGUCCUCUUGCCCACAGAAGAGUACGCUAACUUGAGCCCAUCGUCAAAGCCGCACCUCAAGCGGCAGCAUUCACAUCAGUCAUCAUCUCCUUCCAUGAGCAUCCUCGGCAGAAAGACCAGCGGAAAACCGCCCAUGAAGCGCGUCAAGAAGAGCUCAAAAUCGGAUGCGGGGUUCAUCGAAGAAGCCGCCUAUGCGUUGUGUCGACUGAUGGCUCAGCAGAUCGACGACCUCGAGAUCACGGACGUUGAAGAGAACGAGGAUGAUGGGAGCAUGGACGACGAUGGCGCUGGAAGUGACGACUCGAGCGACGACCUCUCGGCCCGGCAGUCGGCACUAGAGAAAGCGGCGGCGGUCGUGCAACCGAGCCAGAGCCGGCGGUCCGUCGCAACAGCGACCAAAAAGCAAGAAGCGAGCAAAAAGCGAUAUUUAUGCCGCAAGUGCCGCGUGCCAAAGAAGGGUCAUGUGUGUGAUGCGGUGGGAAGCCAAGACGACGACGAUGACCCUGCAUCCGCCGCCAGCAAGGAACCGGCGGCGUCCAAUGGCGAUAAAGUAGAUUGGCGACAGCUCAACGAAGGUAUCGACCAAGGCGGCGACAACCACGUGCUGCAUAUUGCCUACUCUUCUGCUCGUACCUCAAGCCCACAGCCCUACACGUGGCUGGACAAACAGACCGACCAGACUUCGCCCUUCCAUGCGGCCCACGAAGAUGGGACCGACACCAGUGCCCUGUGUUCGUCCCAAGAUGCCAACAUCUAGUCGACGGAGAACGUGCAGAUGCCCCCUCCGGUGCAUUCGAACGGAGCUUUCAUGUAGCAAUAGAACACACAAUACUAUAAUAGACGGUCCUGUACAAUGUCAACGG